AUGGAAGGAAAUGGAGGUGGUUUAGUGUACAUGAAUUCACAUUUACUAAGACCAACUCCACCACCAUUAGAAGCUAUAGAUAGGUUUCUAUGGAGUUCAUCAAAUGAAAAACAAGCAAGGAUAAAUAUAGAUAAUAAGGGGUUUUGUGAUCAAUUCUCGUCUUCGACUUCCCCUGGUGGAAUCACGAGGACUCCUACUUGUUUUGAACAUGGUAAUGGUGGCGGGUUUAUGUUGCCGAGAAGUGCAAUUCCAGACAUAGGUUUAGCUGGUGGGUUCUUUGCUAAUCAUAAUGGUUCAUCUCAGAUUUUCACUAACAACAAUGCUGGAUCAAGAGAAAUGGAUUAUUUUGGUGAGAAGAAAAAAUGUUUUGGAGUAGAAAAAAGAGCUAAAAAUGGCGGUGUCUCUACUACUUUGAUCAAAGGGCAAUGGACGGAUGAAGAGGAUAGGUUGCUGGUUGAUUUGGUGAAGCAAUAUGGUGAAAGGAAAUGGGCGCAGAUUGCACAGAAAUUAUUGGGUAGGGCCGGGAAGCAGUGUAGAGAAAGAUGGCAUAAUCAUUUACGCCCCGAUAUCAAGAAGGAUACAUGGAGUGAAGAAGAAGAAUUGAUGUUAGUCAAAGCGCAUGAAAAGAUCGGGAACAGAUGGGCGGAGAUCGCAAAGCAAAUACCAGGAAGAACAGAAAAUGCGAUAAAGAAUCAUUGGAAUGCUACCAAAAGAAGGCUGAAUUCAAGGAGAAAGAACAAAAAGGUAGUAGGUCAAGGAAGAAAAUCUCAACCAUCUAUACUGCAAGAUUACAUUAAAACCAAGAUCAUCACUAGCAGUGUUAGUUCCAUUGCCAACAGUACCACAACUAGUCCCACUGGAUCAAUCACGCACACCACAAACCCAUCUGAUCAUGUAAAUCCAGAACCGUCCGAAUCAUCUUUCACUGAUGAUUCAUCCACAGCAUUCCUCGACCAUACAUACAAUGACGAGUUGCAGUUCGUUCAAAAGUUCUUCAGAAACCUUGACAAUGAGCCAUACUCAUCGGAUGGAGCUACUACAACUGUGAGGUCAUAUACACACGAGAGAUCAUUUCAAGCUGGACAGUCGCCUGAAAACCAAAUGGGACUUGAUUUAGUCAGUAACAACACUACCUUGUCCUUGAAGAUCGAGAAAUGUAAUUACUUGGCUCUUAACAACAACACAGCAACUGAAACGCUUCACCUGAGCAGUGAUAUGCAAGGAUAUCAACAGGGUACUGCUUGUACUAGUUCAGUUCCUAACAGUACAUCACCAUCUACUUUGUAUUCAGAUACCUACCUCUCUUAUCUUUUGAAUGGCGGUCUCAGUGCUGGUAGUUCUUCAUCUUUGAACGAAGACUACAUCGACUACUACCAACACCAGCCCAAUGUCUGUAUACAACAGAAUGAUCAAGCAGCAUCUUGGUACACUGGUAAGAAAGAGAUGGACUUGAUAGAGAUGCUUUCAUACUCUCAAUGCAUGCAUUAA